ACCCGAGCGCCUCAGUCCGGCCCGGACAUCCGAGCGAGACGCGUGUCUCUUCCUCGUUUUAGCUCCGUGCACGGUAAACGCGUACUUUUAUCCUCCUGAACCCGGCAAUAAAUCGUACGAAAAUCUAAAACGAACAAAAAAAAAAAAAAAAAAAAAUCGCGAUCAAUCCGUAAACACGAAACGGCGCCGCGAUCGACGGAAUGAAAAAAAAAGUUAAUGCACGUCGAUCCAGUUUCAUUUCGGAUAUAAACUAAACGACAUGACAUGCGUGUUAAAUAUUCGGUGACAGCGAGAUUUUUGAAACAUCAAUAAAUAAAAGACUCAAAGUCACAUAAACAUCAGUGUUACUGACUCCGACGUUCAUCGUACGAGGACUGACACCGUUUACUGACCCGGAUUCGAGUGUUAUCCAGAUAGUUCUUCGAGCUACGCGCAAGAAAAACGACGUUCCUCUCCUCAGGAGAAACAUUUCCGGGCAUAAAUUGCGUUUCGUUCGCGAGACGAAUUACAAAGUGUUUGAACAUAAAUGAAAUAACAGUAAUUCAGCGAAACGUUUACGCACGAAGGGGGUACUAUUUAUUCUACGAAGUGUGCUUCCUCGGAGCGAACUUCCACAGUGGGAAAUUUGUUGCUCCCGCAGUAAUAUUUUUACCCGUACGAUAUCUCGGUGAAAAUUUUCCCAAGUGAAGAGAAUGACAGGGGUUAUCGGAUGGAUAUCGCGAGUGCUUUCAGUGAGACAAGUUCCCAAGAGUGAAAAUUUAAUGCGCGUUUGUACUUAAAAUACAAAUUUCAUUUGAGGCAUCAGAGGACUGUUCAGGUUUGUGACUCAACGAUAACCGGUCACGCGGCAACUACAACAUGCAACCCCGUGAUAUCGUUGCGGAUACGACAAAUCCUUAAAGCAUCGUACAACUGUUUCUGCUUCGAAUUUCUACGCUUCGAGUCAUACAUUGGACAUUUUCGCACAUUGGCCCUCGAAGCUGGAAAUAUUUUCAACUAACAAUACGAAAACUGUCAGCGAUGAGAGGAGUUGGCUAAGGAAGACGAAAAGAGUCGCGCAGGCGCGACACAAACCGGUGCUGAUUUUGUUGGAAAUAUGCCUCGGUCUACGAGAAGAAUUCUAUUGAACCCGUUCGUACUGCUACUCAUCGUAGCGACUAGUUGCAGUGAAACUUUUGGCUCGCGGCAAACAGAAUGCGCGUUUCCAACACGCUGGGAAGGCACCUGGUUCCAAAGCGGAGUUCGCCAGCCGAUUCUUUUGUCGGGAAACAUAUUAUCGAGCAAGGGGAGAUGCUUGCACAACGAGGGAGAUAAAUUUCUCCUCGUCGACGAAAAAUCGUGCUACCGUUGUGUCGUCAUUCACGAAAAGCAUUCGAACGUGCUACAAUACAAAGAAACCUACUGCCACAAUAGAAAUUCAUUAGCUUCGCUAUGCUCCUACAUAACGGGAGAUGCUCUAUUGUACUCCAUGUUUCGGGAAGAGGCACUUGCGGUCCCCUGCCCGUUUCGGGGUCCUAUGACCUUCACCUAUAACCGCGGGCGAGGCACCUGCUCCAGUCAUCAAAGCAAUGUCGAUACGUGCACGGAUGACAGCAGGCUACUCUUCAAAUACCAAGCAUGCCCGGACGUACCGGCUUCUGAAAGCGCAGUGGAAGAGCUCGAAUGCCUGGCGACGUGGAAAGAAGGCAGCAGUCGUUACCUCGUUGGGCGUUUGCAUCAUGGGCACUCGUCCAGCAACGAGGAUCGCUAUCGUUGUUUCGUUUACGAAAGAGCCGGACAAAGCGUCGGUGCUGGACUAAAUCGUGCCUCCGUUCUUGGUAUGUCAACGAUGGACCAUGAUCUUGGACUCCCCGGCGGUCCGAUACCCGAAGGAGCCCCGGAAAUUUACAGAGUCGCUCAGAGCGGCGACGCUACGUGCAACGGUCUUUUCAGUGCGAUGGAGGGCUCAAGGACAAUGACGCUGACCAAAGUGUCAUCGCCAAGCAAGUGUCGUUUUCCCAGUUGGUUGACCGGUCACACCAGUGGCGGUUUGACUUGGCACACUCUCGAUCUUGUGAGAUCUUACACGUUUCAUCCACGAAAUGCGAGUCUCCACGUUACGAGAUUGAACGCCAGUAGUUCGAGGAUCGAUGGCGGAGCUUUCGAUUCUCAGGAUUUUUCUGAUCACGAGGAACAAGACGUUAAAAUAUUGUGCAACAGUAUAAAACAGACGAAUCCGACACAAACAAUGUCAGUGAUGGUGGCACACUUUACAGUCGGAUGCCGGAGCGGUUUCAUGUGCAUGGCGUUCUACAGGCGCGAUGGUCACGUGGUAGAGGUGCAAACCGGAAGUGCAGUUUCUCGACCGGAAGAAGCUUGCAGCCCGCCACAUUAUAUGUCUCACAGUGUUCCUUAUCUCACCUUAGUCACAAGCUCACCGGAACCGCGUCAGUGUCCGUACCUGGGAAAGUUUACCGUUACUGACCUCAACAGAAAUCAGCGCAAUACUCGAGACAGUCGAAGAAACGUUCAGGAGACGGGCCAAAUUCAGCGUAGGCGAGAACGCGACAAGGUCAGACACUCGGAGGAUCGCCGGGGUAGAAAAUUGGACUUCGAGACGGAAACGAGACGGGCGAACAACGAGUAUCUCGUGCACGAGCGUCAGGGCAGAAGAACGAGAUCGGAUCGAUCAGGACGGAACCGUGAGGACAACGGGGACGAGGAUGGCAAGACUAAAAAAUCUGAAGAAUCACCGAAUAUCGGAGAAAUUCUUCGUACCCUUGGGAACAGUGGGAAAAUAAUAAAAGAACAGAUGGUAAGGGACAAGCGUCUCGCGGCAUCGUCGUCAUCGCGGACAAAACUUCGGGACGUUGAUCGUUUAAUUCUCGAAAAAGCAACGAGCAGCGAGGAGGAGAGGCGAGUUCGAAGAUCAACGAGACACCGAAGGAAUCCUAAAAUGGAAGACUUCCAAGUGGAUAUGGACGAUUUCACGCAAAUGCGGCAAUUUUGGACACGUGACAUCGAGCGCGAUGGAAGUUCGCCAAUGCUUCUGGCACAAGCGGAUUAUUUUGGUGAUUACGGAAACGAGGAAGCACCUAAAAAAAGAUCGACACCUACGGGACACGGAGGAUCUUUUCUGACGUAUCGCGAUCUCGUGAGAAUCAGACGAGAUAUUGAGAGUCAAGAGGAUUCACGAGAGAGCGAUGAAUACGUUGAAAAGAGAGAAAAACGGGAGGAAGAGGAGGGCGGCUGCAACUCGGAAGUAACGACAUUAACGGUCGGUUGUUCGACUGCCGAUAGAAUGGAAUUGCAGAGCGAUUGCGUCGACGAUGAUGCAAUAACUGCUUACUCUUGUCACGGAAGAUGGUUCGAUGCGGAAGGUACACAGUUCGUUAUUGCGACGCCUCUGGCACGAAGAUCCAGUUGGUCGAAUGACAAUAAUCGUCCACAGCCUUACAGGAACAGUCGAAGACUGUGUUUCAUGUACCGAGAAAAUGGUGGUGUUGUCAGUCUCACAGCAAGUCCGGUUGCUUGCCAGAGAGAAAUACCACCGCCCCAACCAAUGCUGGCAUUCAAUGCCACGAGUAUCGGUCAAUGCAUGGAGGACAGCAGUAGCACACCGCAUCGAGCCUCGUAUCUCGUGACAUUGCUAAUGUUCCUCUGCCUCGUAACGCUCAGGUGAUUCUAAGCACGAUACGAUGCGUGUUACAAUACGAGGAAAGGAUAAUAAUGCACGCGUGGAAUAAAAUGCGCGAGCGUUAAGGGCAAGGCGACACACGGCACGUCGAAAAAAUCGGCCGGCUUUGCAAGUUAAUAGAAACACGACAAGAAGAAAAAAGGAAUCCAAGCGGAAGUUGGAUUUUACGAGAUGCCUCACGUCCGUUCAGACCUUCGCGUGGACAUGGAGGUAACGAAAAUUGUAAUAUAGAAAAAAGCUCAAGAACUCCGGGAAUCUUGAGGUGGAAAAAUAUACUAUAUAUUUAAAGAAAGCUCAUACAUUGUCGACCGAUCGAAUCGUAGAUUUUACCGAUAGCCACCGGCUCGUCUGGAAAAGAUUUUUCGACUUUACCGUUCCUGAAGAGGCUGUCGACUCGAAUUUGUUUUUUUUUUUCAAACAUCAGUAUAUGGCUGGAAAGAAAAGAUAUAAUUAUUCUCUGUAAAUCCGCAAACUCAAUGGAAGAGUAAAGAAAUUCAAUGAAAUGAAAUUUCGAGUCGAGAACGUCGUUGAAGCUACGGUCAAAUCUUUGCCCCAUUCGAAUACCGUAGGUUUUUUACCGGUAGAUAUUAGACUCAAGUUGAUAAAUAUAGAAUAACAGCUACAUAAUAAUAGUAAUAAUAAUAAUAAUAUGAGAAUGAAGGAAUGUAGGGGGAGGAAGCGAAAGGGAACAGAGAAAGAGAGAGAGAGAGAAAGAAAGGAAUUAAUAAAUAAUGUAUAAAUCUACAAAAACACAUAAAUAAAACUAUGGUUAGACCAUAUCAGGACGCGCGUAGCCGGUAGACCUGACGAUUAUAACCGUUUUGGGCUCUCCGCUCAUCCUCAAACUUCGAAGCUUCCGCAUAUAUGAGAAAAGGAGACAAAACAAUAAACGCCAUUGAAAUAAAAUUAAGUCUAUAAACAAGUGGAGAGUCCACGGCGUGUGGGUGUUGAUGUUUUAAGGUAGAAAGUAGUUAGAAGGUAUUAGUUGAUAAUGCGCAGGAAACAACGCAAAAACGACGAGAUAAAAUCCACGAGAUAAAAAUAUGGCGACCGAGAAUGUUUAGGAAAGUAAAAACACACUCACUCACACGCGAGCGCGUUAGUUUAUUAAGAAAGGUGAUUUCAACGCAAUACAAUAUAACGUGUAAUUAAUGAAUAAGCGAAAAUUUACGAAAAUCAGGUAGUAGAAGCGGGGAUAGGAAGAAAGAUGGACAGUGAAGAGGGAGAAGAGAGAGGGAGGGGGGAGGAGGGUAGACGAAUAGAGAAAAAAAGGAAAUGAAAAGUUUCUCGAGAGAUGUAACGAAGGUGGGUUUUUCAUGUAAAUUGCUGUAGCUGUGAUCAAUUGUGUUGCGCAAAGAGAAAAGUUUGAAGUAGGGCGAGAAACGAUAAAACGAUGUAGUUAAUAGGGCAAAGAUCCGGUUCUCCCGUUUUAUUUCCCUCAUACAUUUUGUUUACAUUUUCUUCAUCGAUUGCUUUACUUUUUCUCCCAUUUUGCCACGCUCUUUCUCUUUCUCUCUCUCUCUCUCUCUUCUUCCCCUCUGCCACUUGUCCUCUCACUCCCUCUCUCUCUUUCUCUCUCGCCAUCGACAGGAAUAAAUUGUCUCUCGGGUCGGAUAUCAUUUUUCAACUUGACAAAACGAAUGAACGCCGCAAUUUUGAAGAAAUUCUCAAUUUUCAGUUUGGAGCGAAUGGAAUGUACAUAAAUAUUGAGUGAGAUGAUCCUAGUUUUUGUAACCCUGGGGAUACGUGAACGGGCCUCUCAUUUACCUAACAAACGAGCUGUUUUUCAAGAUCGUACUCAUUUGCAUACAACCUUCUCUUUUAGUAUAAAUCACUGAUGUCGCCACGAGUCUGUAUAGGAAAAAAAAACGUUGUCUGUACAAGAAACGAAAUGUACACGCGAAAUCAAUCACUUGAAAAUCUACAACUUCCUCGAAAUGAAUAAGAAAAAAACAAAACAAUCCAAGGGCAUGUAUUUUUUGCACACUGCUCGUCACUAACCGUCGUAAUACGAAGGACGAACAAAGUACCUGUAUCCCUAGGGUUAAAAUAAUGGAAUUUCCAUGAAUUAUUAUUAUUACAAUGAAAAAUUACGAAAGGUUUCGUAGUUGAGGUGAGAGUGAGAGAGCAAAACCACACUAAACUGUCGAUUGCCUUGCACGCGAGGUAACAUUGUAAUCAAUAAGCAAUAAAAUAAAAGCAAAAGAAGGGCGAAGAUUGCGGCUUCGUGAGCAAGCCGCUUCUCUCCCUCUCUCUCCUUCUCUCUCAUCAUAAGAGACAGAAGAUAAAAAACGAGGAGAUAAUAUAACUAAUCCAGAGAUGCUCUAUUAUUAAUUAAACUAUCAAUUAAAUUAUCUUAAGAAAUUCAUUGAGAAAAUAGGGGAAUAUGAUAAUGAGAGAGACAGAGAGAAAAAAAAUGGAGGGAGAGAGAGAAUGUGAUUGCAGAUUAAUUAUAACACAAGAAAUAAAGAGAAAAGGAGAAAAAACGAAAAAAAAAAAAUGAAAAUGAAAAUCCAGAAAAUCACGUGAGAGAUGGAACGAUAAUGAUAUUAUUGUAACUUAUACAGAGUCUAUAUUGUAUUAUUGUACAACCAUCUUUAUAACGUAAUAAUUAAAUAACCCGAAAUCCGAAUGAGAGAAUGCGUGUAAAUGAAUGAAGAAAUGAGUGUGCACGUGUAUGUUUAGAUGCGACGAAAUAAUCAGGAAAGUUACACACACACACUCACACAACACACACGCGCACACACACAAGAGGAUUAAGAAACAGAAAAAUAAAGAGCCAAUCGCUAUUUUACCAUUUUUUCAGUAAAGAAUGUAGGCGAAGUGUGUAUGACGAAAGAUAAUUUUAUCUCGAAUUAAGGAAGAAGUUAAUGAAAAUAUUGAAAAUGUAGGUUCCGCUCUCGGAACUAGAUUCACUGUCUCACCAAUAUCGAACGUAGUGAAAACGAAAUAAGAGACCACCGUUUUAUAGAGUUGUUGAAGAGUACCUUACACACAUCACAUAAAUCGCUCGUACGCAGUAAUAAGAAAUUUUAAAGAUAGAGAUGUUGUGGGCUAUGAUUAAAUGAACGAACGCAAUACGUUUCUCAUGCUGAAUCCAGUGAAAACACACACACACACACACACAGAGACACAAAAAAGCUUUCUUUCUCGCUCGAUUAUAUUAACGUCCGCACAAAAAUCCCGUUAACAAAGCUCAAGCAGAAUAGGGGCGAUACAGAAAACACCAUGAAACACGAAACUUCGGUUCUUCCGAAGGAUACACAAUGGGAGCAGCAUUUUUAGCAGUAGCAAUUAUUAGUGGUUGUGGUUAUUGAGAACGUUACCUUACCUAAAAGCUUAUUAAGGGCUACAAUUAAUGUGAAAAGUGAUGAAAGGAGUCGAGCAAGAGCGAACAAGAGGGUUAACGAAGUAACGAAGACCCGUAAAGUGAAUGGACAGAUGACCUUUGCUUUUAUAGAGUAAGCUUACUGUGACAGCAAUCAGAAUUGGAGAGGAAAAAACCCCAUGGGCUAAACGACGACUCCGUAAAAAAAAAGUAAGAAAGAAAGAAAAAAAUCAUAGCCAAUUGCGCAAUCAGUUAACCAAUCAACCGUUCGGACGUGCAACGAAAAAUACAUAAAAAAAUUUACUACAAAGUCGCACAAAAAUCGUUACGAAAUGUAAAUCAAUCACAAUCAUUGUUAGCCAAAAUGUCAGUGAACGAAAACAAAGGAUACCAAAAAAAAAGCAAUCACGAAUAUAAUGAAUCUAUAGAACGAGUGAGAUCUCGCGGAGAGGUGUCAAUCAGCAGAAUUAUUUUUCAAGAUUAUUAACGCAUCCGUAGCUGCGGCCAUUACCGAGGAGGGAAAAGGGAGGCAGAGAAAGAGCAAGGAAGAGAGAGAGAGAGCGCAGUAGAGCGUCGCCGAACAAAUGAAUCGAUUGCAAUUUCACCGUCGACGAGUUGAUAAAGAAUGAAAAAAGAAGAAUUGCUGAAAAUUUGUUUGGUACAAGGAUAAUCGUUCUUGAAAAUGAAAACGAGCAAAUAUAACUGGUUCGUGGAUGAUGUCCUGAAUCGAGCGAAAUUAAAUCAGGGCAUUCCAAUUUACAUUUUGAUGCUAGAAUUUUGAUGAGGACAGUGGGAAAUCUACCUGGAAUCCAAUCAACAACUAUUACAUUUUGCAUACAAGGGCCAGCACUUGAAACACUUCUCCCUUCGCUCAUUGCGUUUGUAUAUUCCAUCGUGUAUUGUGCACAAUCUGUUGUUUUCUUGAUUCAGUGGGUAUAACGAUGUGGAAGAUUUUGAAGUUGAAUUCCGAUCGCAGUUGAGCUGUACAGAACUUCGACACGAAACGGCAACAAACAAUGCUUCGAGAGGGCUUUGUCUAACGUGAGAAUGAAUAACGAGAGUUACGAGUGCGUUAAAGUUUCGCAAUAUUGAAAAUAGCGAAUGCGACAGUUCACGUAUAAUUAUAGUACUUUACUUUCAGUCAAUAUUUUAACACUUUGAAGAACAAAAAUAAUCCUGCGAAGGACGAAUGCUCCUUCAACAGUGCUCAGUCUUCCCAGACACUCGUGUAGCUUGAUAAUGCGCUUGGUUACGACUCUAUCUCCAUCAGCUGCGAAACGUACAUUUAGCAGGUGCUUCGAGAACGUUUGAGUAUACGACAACGGGAAAGGGGAUGCGGUACAUCUUCCAGUUUGCACAAACAUAAUAUACGUCCGCUUAAUGAGAUUGAUGCAAUCGCCUGAGAUGCGUUUAAUCUUGCCAAUUAACAGGGAUAAUUCUCGCUCUCUCCUUAUUCAACACAUACGCGCAAAGAGACACGUACAGUUCGGUCCAGAUAAACUGCCUCGUAUUGUUCAAAGUUCAACAAACCCAAACUCCAAAAGGAUUUCGUGGACGUUUACCAUUUCACCAUAAUUAUAGGUAAACGAAAGAGAAGAGUGGGGAAAAACGAAUGAACGAGAAAAAAAAAGGAUGAUUAUAACAAUAAUUUAACGAGAACAACUUGUUCGGCUCAUUAACUCGUUCACCUCGUUUUCUCGUGCAAAUUGGACGACUGCGGGCAAGGGAAUCUGGCCUGGUGGAGAGACAGAAUUAUCAAGGUCCUCCGGAAAAUACGAACGUGUAGCCCGGGCCACGUGAAAUUGCCACUGAGCGAUUUCGUUGCGAGAAACUAAUUUCGUGUAAUUUUUGAUAAUUGCAGCUGCCCGCGUAUGUAUAUAAUGUAUAUAUUCAUGCUUGUUAACUCUCUCGCUCGAGGAACACCGGUUAUUACGUGUCGUUAUAUAUCGUGCACCACAUCUUCGAAUAAUUACCGUCUGUUUACCUCCCUCCUUCGGGUUAGCACUCUCUCGCGCACAAAUUCGCACACGUACGCGCGUCUUUAAGUUUUUCGUAUAUAAUCCGGCGACGCGGCGUCUCCGUCGCGACUGAAAAAUAAGUAUCCGCGGUCUUCGAUUAAUCACAAUAGACAUGCGUGUUUUUCGCGAUCGCUUCGAAAAUGUUCUUCCACCUAAAUUUAUGUGGAUACCCAUUUUUUCGCCUCUCUUAUACCGUUUGUUUUAUUGAAGAAACGUAUGCUGGUAACACCGCGCGGGGAUACAUAAAUUAUUGGUAAGUGCCCCGACAGUGGCGUGGGGCCAAUGGUGUAUGAAGAAUGUGCGAAGCCCCCCGAAGCAAUGUUUGCCCAUCUCAGGAACGAGGUGCGCGACUGAAGACGAGAGAGACACAAACCCUCGGCGUUAUGCCAUCAUGUAUUAUUCGCCACGGAGAGUCUCUUGACAGUAUCUACGCGGUCGCUCGUGUACACCCGAAAGUUAGCCAUUGUCGAGUAAUGGGGCAGAAAGGAUCCCGGUCCCAUGGGCAAGGGGGCGAACAGCCAAGGAUCAAAGAUCGGUUGAGAUGUAUAUCUUCGGAGCUUCUUUUUUUCGUAUUAACGAAGAAAAAAUCAUGAGAGCUCGAUAGGAGUUAACAGCUCGAUCGAUAUCGAAAACCGGCGGAUUCUUUGUCAUUCAAAUAAACUGGAGUUCGAUCAAAAAAAUCACACAAUAUGAGUUUUAUCGUCGAAGCUCUUUUUUAUAUUACGUUUUCCGGCAAUAAAUUUUAUUGAUUCGUCCCGCAACGCGAUCGAACUUGGAAAAUAGUUACACCCGAGAAAUAUGCAUGGGAAUUCAAAGAGAGUAUGAACACGCCGGAUAGAAACAGAGAAUAUAUCCGAGCGACAAUAUUCCUAACGAGACGGUUUUUAAAAUGCGUCCUUUCCCCGUUAGCAACGUGCGCGCUCUGGGAUUUCAAUACCCCGCGAGGCUCCAAAAGUGAAAGGGAGACAAAGAGAGAAAGAGAGAGAGAGAGAGAGAGAGAGAGGCGGGGGAGGAGGGUAUGCGGGUGCAGAAUUUACGAGCAGAAAUUCAGUGUCCCGAGGAUACGAGCCCAUAAAACUUUGACGAAGUUGGUUACGUCCUACGCGUUGUGUCCAUCACGAUCCCCUUUCUCUCCAUCCCUUCCUCUCAUACCUCCACCUUCGACUUGGCAUACAUCCCUCGAUUGAUCGAUAUGCUGAGUGAGGGUAGAUAUACUCGGUGAUAGACUGUCGUGGCUUCGGGAAUUAUUCGACGCUAUAGAAAGCUUUCCCUUAAAUAUCCAUUUCAAAAGUAUACGUUGGGCCAAAAAAAUAGGCCAAACUUUAGUUUCAUAUUUCGUUUCAAUUCCAAUGAAAAAAAAAUUUUUCAAUGUUUUAAAAAAUCUUGCACCUUCAAUCUGGUUCCUCUUUUUCCACUCGUGCACUCAUUUUUCCGCGAAUUAUUUGACCUUUUCAAACAUUUUGAUUAAUCAAACAGUCACAGGCACAGAUUGUAAAUCCUAUCGCGUUAUACUCGAUUGCUUUGGGUCGAAGCAAUCCGCUUUGUAAAGAUAUUUAUCAAACGAAUCAAUGCUCUCCAUUAUCGUUCGGAAUUUGAUCGACAUACACAUGCGUGAAUACAAAUUGCGUAUUGUUCAUGAUUUGAGAACAAAAAUUACGAAAGAAUUUCACGGAUAAAAGUCUUUUGUUCUUUCAAUUUUAUCUGCUCGAUGAUUUGGUCAAAAAGAGAGAAAAAACACACACACACCCACAUACUUGUGAAUAAAAUAAUGGCAAAAGUCGAAGGUUCGACAAAGCUUACAGAAGAAGUUCCCGGAAAGGAGUAUAACAACGUGGAAGACGUAGUUUGACGAAUAAAAAAUGUUGUUCCUUCGGCGAUAGAGUCAAAAAAGGAGGACAGUAAAAAAGGAGUGAGUGCGAGAGAUAAAGCUAAAGGAGGACUAAAACUAGUGGCUGUAAAGGGCUUGUGUUAAACGAAGUGAAUGUAAAAAAAUAUGUACUCGUUAGGAGUGACAGUGUAAAGCUGAAAAGAAGAGAAUAUUGAGAUCGAGAGAAAUAUAGGCGUAUGGGAAAAAUCGGUCGAGAAGAAGGAAUCUUGUAAAAUCGAUUGUGAAAAAUAAAUCUUGUAAAAUCUCUCGGAUGAAUGAGGUUUAAAGCAAUAGAGCGUGAUUCGAGUGAAUAUGAGCGAGCGAGAGCGAGAGAGCAAGGAAGAGCACGAGUUCGUUAGACUUGAACGAGAGAUUGCUCUCGUCGUAUGAUGAAGAUUUUGAUGAAAAAAAUGAAAAUAUAUGUGUGUAAGCUACCUGUGCCUUGUAACAAACUAUAUAUAUAUAUACCUACAUAUAUAUAUAUAUAUAUAUAUAUAUAUAUACAUAAACUCUCACGGUAAUCUGAA